UUAAAUGAAUGGUCUUGUUUUGGGUGUUGGGAGGAAGAGAGGAGUGCUCUUUUGCAGCUCAAAGAAAACAUAAACUUCCCCGUUGGAAAAUCCCUCUCGUCAUGGAUUGCAGCUGACUGUUGUCUGUGGCAAGGAGUUGAAUGCAGCAGAUGGAGUAGACGAGUAACCCAACUCAAUCUCGGUUGGACUAGGGACCCGAAAUUAGGAGAUUGGCAUUUUAAUGCCUCUUUGUUUCUUCCCUUUGAAGAUCUCAAAACUCUCUCAUUAUGGUCGAAUAAUUUAGUAGGCUGGAUUGAGAAUGAAGGUUUUGACAGACUAUCGAAGUUGAGAAAUUUGGAGGGCCUUGGUCUAGGUGAAAAUUCAUUUAAUCGCAGCAUUUUGGCAUCUCUGAGUCAACUAUCUUCUCUCAAGAAUUUGAACCUCAGAGACAGCUUUUUACCUGGAAAAACUUCUGCUGACAGCCAUGAAAGACUCUCGAGAUUAAGCAAGUUGGAAAUCCUUGAUUUCAGUCUUAAUUCCGUUAAUGACAGUGACGUUCUGUCGGUAUUGAAUUUGAAUGAUUUUAACAGUUUGAAGGAGCUUGAUAUAAGUGGAGAUCAAUUUCGUAGCUUGGGAAAUAUUAACGGACUGAAAAAUCUGAAGUUCCUUAGUUUACACGCCAACAACUUCAACAACAGCAUUUUUUCCUCACUUCAAGGGCUAUCGUCACUUAAAUAUCUAGGCCUCUCUAGAAAUAAAAUAAAAGGAUCGAUUCAAAUGAAUGAAUCGCAUGCCUUGAGCAAUUUGGUUGAGCUGGAACUAAGUUACAAUGAGGUUGAUAACUUUACUGCUUCAGAAGGCAUCAAAAGUAUGUGUCGCCUCGAGGCACUAUAUUUAGACGGCAUCAAAUCCAACGUUAGCAACAUGCUACAAUCUUUGACGGCAUUCUCAAACCUCAGGAAACUCUUCUUACGAAACAAUAGUUUAGAGGGAAUGCUUGUCACUUAUGCAUUGAGGAAUUUAAGCCAGUUGGAGGGAUUGUACUUGGACUUUUCUUCCUUGGAUGCAAACUUUCUUCAAAGCAUUGGAGGAAUGACUUCUUUGAAAUUUCUAACUUUGUCAGAAUGUGGACUCAAUGGCACCCUUCCCGCCCAAGGUAUUGUUACUUCAUGUUCUUGGGAAGGAUUAGUUCCUUCAUGUCUGGGAAACAUGACAUCCCUUCGAUUUAUUGAUCUUUCUUACAAUAGAUUUGUUGGAAAUAUUGCAUUCUCACCACUUCCCAAACUCAAGUCACUUGAAUAUCUCUCCUUGAGACACAACAACUUUCAAGUGCCAAUUUCGUUUGAGCUAUUCUCAAAUCAUUCAAACCUUCGAGUCAUAAUUGCUGGAACAAACCAAGCAAUAGCAGAAACUGUGUCGCAUAACUGGAUUCCAACUUUUCAGCUGCAAAUUUUUAGUAUGGCAAAUUGCACGGGCGAUCUAACAAUACCCAAAUUCCUUCACUACCAAUUUGACUUGAGAAUGCUUGAUUUAUCACGGAAUGGCUUGAGGGGGAAUUUUCCAUCUUGGUUGUUAGAGAACAAUACAAGACUUAAAGGAGCCAACUUGGGAAAUAAUGCUUUGACGGGACCUCUCCAGUUGCCAUCAAGUGCCAAACUGCAUAUGGCACUGUUAGAUAUUUCUAAUAAUGAUUUCAGGGGAGAAGUUCCAACUAAUAUAAGUGCAGUCUUUCCAAAUUUCAUUGUUUUAAACUUGUCUAGAAAUGAGUUUGACGGUUGUGUACCUUCUACUUUGGGCGACUUAAAAUCUUUAGAAAUUCUAGACCUAUCCAACAAUAAAUUGUCGGGCCAAUUACCACAAGAAUUAGGCGCAGGCUGCUCUUCAUUGUUCCUUUUCAAAAUGUCAAAUAACAAACUACAAGGACAAAUAUUUCCAGAAUUUAUCAACCUGCCAACUUUGGCAUAUCUGUAUUUAGAUAGUAACGAGUUUUCUGGCACCAUACCUGAUAGCUUGUCUACCAUUCCUCUGGAAGUAUUAGACAUUAGUAACAACUCAUUUUCUGGCAGACUUCCCAUUUCAAUGGGUAAAUUGACUACAGCGAGGCAAGUUUCUAUGUCUAAAAACCAGCUUGGAGGUCCAAUACCACUGGAAUUUUGCAACCUUGACAACCUGGUUCUCUUUGAUUUAUCGGAGAAUAAUUUAUCUGGCUCAAUCCCAUCUUGCUUCAAUCCACGAGGCUUAAGUCACAUCUUUCUAAACAAUAAUCUUCUGGAAGGCCAGCUUUCAUAUGCAUUUUACAAUAGAAAAUCUCUUGUUACAUUGGAUCUUAGAGAGAACAGAUUCACUGGAAAUAUCCCACAUUGGAUUGACAAUCUAUCAAGCUUGAGUGUCAUUCUUCUUAAAGGCAAUCAUUUUGAAGGCACAAUCCCGGAACAACUAUGCCAAAUGAAGAGAUUGAGCUUGAUAGACCUAUCCUAUAAUGAUCUUUCUGGUCAGAUUCCGCAUUGCUUGGGUAACAUAACUCUGGAGGUAACUAGAGAUAAAUCUUCUAUUUUUGGAGUAUCCGAUUCUAUAGGUCGAGGUCAGAUGGAAAUGAUUUCUGUAUCCUUCUACAAAAAAUUGUAUUUUCCAUCAACUAAUGUGCCUAUUGAAACGGUAUUUUCAACGAAGCGAAAUUCAUAUUCUUACAAGGGCGGCAUCCUCGAUCACAUGUCAGGCAUCGACCUCUCUUCUAAUAAAUUGCACGGUGAAAUUCCAGAGGAGCUUGGAAUGCUAAGGGAGAUACAUGCACUGAACUUAUCUCACAACAAUCUUACUGGGACAAUGCCGGCUACUUUUUCAAAUCUACAUCAGAUCGAGAGUUUGGAUCUUUCCUACAACAGCUUGAAUGGGAGAAUCCCCACUGGACUGACUGACUUAAACUCUUUGGCAGUAUUCUCAGUGGCAAAUAACAAUUUAUCAGGUAUGAUACCGGAGAAAGGUCAAUUUGGAACAUUUGAUGAAGGUUGCUAUAAGGGAAAUCCUUUUCUUUGUGGUCGUCCAUUGCCAGUCAACUGUGAGUCAAUGUCAGGAUCACCUAUCGUCUCUAAUGAGGAAACUGGUUUCAUGGAUAUGGAUGUCUUCUACAUCAGCUUUGCCAUUUCUUGUGUAUCUGUGGUGCUUUGCAUGGCUGCAGUUCUCUACAUAAAUCCUCAUUGGAGAAGAGUAUGGUUUCAUCUCAUAGAUGUUUAUAUAGUCCGUUUUUUAUGCCGUGUUUUCGUAUUCUCGUAUUUUAUUGUAAAUAAGAUGUACGUAGUGACCUUAUAAUUUGUAUUAUAAUCAUCUAGUAGGGAUCGUCUGUACAUGUAAAAGGUUUGAUAACUUUGUUGGUCGUUUAACUUUAAAAAUGUGUGGCUUUUGUCACCUAGCUUUAUUUUUAACAUAAACACUUGGAGAUGAAGAAUUGGUCUUUA